AUGGGUAAAAAAAAAAAUUCUUCCUCGUCGAGCGAGGAAAAGUCUGACCUUUGUAAAAUACAAAAUAUUUCUCAAGACUCCAUAACUGCUACGAUUCGUGAACGUUAUCAACAUGACUUUAUAUACACUCGUUUAAACUGUUCUGCUCUUGUUGCCGUUAACCCUUAUAAACCUCUACCCAUCUUCAACGAUUCAACUGUCCAAGAAUAUGCUGCUGACUAUAAAGACACUUCGGGUCAAAGUACUUCUCUACCUCCUCACGCCUUUCAAAUUGCUUCUCAUGCUUAUUUACAUAUGCGACGUACUGUAAAACAAUUAACCGCUCUAAGUGCUCAUCAAAAAAAAGCUUCUCGUAUUCAAACUCAGGUCCCUUGUUCGGAGUUUAUUCUGGAUUCUUUUGGUAACGCAAAAACUUGUUCCAAUAUUAAUGCUUCUAGAUUUGGAAAGUAUACCGAACUUCAAUUUAAUGAACGUGGAAAAUUAAUCGGUGCUAAAACUCUUGAUUACCUUUUGGAAAAAAAUCGUGUCUCUAAUGUUCCUUCAAAUGAACGAAACUUUCAUGUUUUUUAUUAUUUAAUCGCUGGUGCCUCUCAAGAAGAAAAAGCUCAUCUUCAUCUUACUGAAAUUUUUAAUUACCGUUAUCUUAAUGUCGCUAAAGGUUCUAAAUCUUCUGUUGAAGAUGUCGAUAAUUUCAAUGAAUUGAAACAGGCUCUAAAAUCUCUUGGUUUUCAUAAAAAACAUGUCGCUCAAAUGUUUCAACUUUUGGCUUCAAUUUUACAUUUGGGUAAUAUACAAUUCGUUCAAGAUUCUAAUAAACAAAAGGAGGCUGCUUCCGUUAAAAACUUGGACGUUCUGAACUUGGUCGCUGACUUCUUAGGCCUCGAUCCUCGUUCUCUAGAAAAUGUUCUCACUUAUAAAACAAAAUUAAUAAAAAAGGAAAUAUGUACUGUAUUCUUAGAUGCUGAUGCCGCUUCCAUACAACGUGAUGACUUUGCAAAGGCUCUUUAUUCUUUAUUAUUCAGCUGGAUCGUUGAAUACAUUAACACUAAACUUUGUCAAGAUGAUUUCGUUAGUUUUAUCGGUAUCUUGGAUUUAAUUGGUUUUCAAAAUUUACAAUCUAAUUCUCUGGAUCAAUUCUGCGUCAAUUUUGCAAAUGAAAAAAUUUUUAAUUUCACUUUAAAUCAACUUUUUGAGGCUCGUAAAGAGGAAUUUCAAUCUGAAGGCAUCAAUUUUUCCGAUAUACCUUAUCCUGAUAAUAAAGAAUGUUUACGUAUGAUCGCAAAACCUUCCACUGGUUUAAUUUCCAUCAUGAACGAUCAAGCUAACAAAUCAAAUCGUAAAACUGAUCAAACUAUGUUGGAUGCUUUCAACAAAAAAUAUUCUGAACAUGGUUCUUUCAUUCCUACUGGAAAAAGUUUGAACUCUCUUCCAACUUUUGGCAUUCGACAUUUUGCUGGUCAAGUCACUUAUGAUAGUUCUGGUUUCCUUGAAAAAAAUAUUGAUAAUCUUGGUGCAGAUUUUGUUUCUCUAUUUCGUAGUAGUGAAGGUUCAAUUUCUUCUAGUAAUCAAUUCAUUGCUGGUCUCUUUACUGAUAAAGCUGUUGCUACUGAAUCUCAUCCAAGGAAUGAUGAUACUAUUGUUGCUGCUCAACAAUCUGUUAAACCUAUGCGUGCUCCUUCAAUGCGUCGUAAAAAAGAUCAAUCUGUUUCGGAUUCUAGUAAACCUAAAGUAGCUUGUGUUGCUACUCAAAUUUCUUCUGCUCUUGAUGAAUUAUGUGAAACUUUUGAAGAAACAACUCCUUGGUACAUUUUCUGUAUAAGACCUAAUGAUGCUCAACUUCCUAACAAUUUUAAUCAAAAUGUUGUACAAAACCAAGUAAAAUCUCUUGGAUUACCCGAAAUAGCAAAAAGAUUACAAACUGAAUAUACUAAUGGAAUGAUGCAUCUGGACUUUUUAGAAAGAUAUUUAAAUGCAUUAGAUUCUAUAGGAUUAGAUCAAUAUAAAGAUCCGAAAGCAAAAUGUGAUGCUGUAGCUAAUGGUUUUGGUUGGAAUAUUGAAGAUAUGGCUACUUAUUUAAGUGAAAAAGCUUGGCGUCAUUUAGAAGAUAUGCUUAGGAGAUUGGAUAAUGAAGAAAAACGAAAAAAGAAAUCCGAUAAAAAAGGCAUCUCAUCGAUGCAUGAUAACGGUCAAGAUGAUGCUAUGUCUCAGGAUUCAUACCCUUCAAAUCAAGAAUUAUAUGCUGGUCCUCGUCGUCUUUCUCCUCCAAGAAAUUUCGAUCAACAAUCUUUCUAUUCUGGUGAUGAUAAUCGUUCAAAUUAUUCUGAUGAUUAUAAUGAAAGUUACAGUCAAUAUGGCGAAAGCGUUUCCCAUGGUUCGGAAAUAUAUGCUCCUUCGCAUAAUAUGUUUGGUGGAAUUAAUGCUGGUAGAACUAUACCUGAAAAAGAACCAAUUUUGGAAGAGGAACCAGAAGAACCUCGUAAGACUUCUGCCGCUCGUAAAAAAUGGGUAUUUCUUACUUGGCUAAUUACUUGGUGGAUCCCUCCAUGUUUCUUAAAAUGGUGUGGUGGUAUGAAGCGUAAAGACAUUCAGAUGGCUUGGCGUGAAAAGGUUGCCCUUUGCAUGCUUAUAUUUCUCAUAUCUUGCGCGGUUAUCUUUGUCAUCGCUGUCUUGGGUCUUUUAAUUUGUCCUAGAGUUUACAUUUACACUGACGAGGAAGUUAGUGAGCAUAGUGUUGAUAAAAGUCCCGACAAUGUCUAUGUAUCUAUUCGAGGUGAAGUUUACUCCUUGAGCAGUUUUGCUCCUCGUCAUAUACCAACUCUCGUUGAUCAGAAGUCAAUAUUAAGUUAUGGUGGUACCGAUGCAACAAAACUAUUUCCCGUUCAAGUUAGUGCUCUUUGUAGUGGUGUUGACCCUAGGGUAACUUUUGAUUAUAAUCUUGGCAAUAAUGCGGAUCCAAAUGCUAAAUAUCAUGACUUCCGUUACUUUACCGAUGAUUAUCGACCUGAUUGGUAUUAUGAAGAAAUCUUAUUGAAAAUGAAAGCUCAAUAUUUAGUUGGUCAAAAAGGUGUUCCUCCACAAUCAGUAAAAGAUAUGGCUACUGUUGCUAAGAAACAGGUUGCCAUUCUUUAUGAUAAUGUGUAUGAUCUUACAUCUUAUGUCAUGAGUGGUCGUGGUGCUCUUGGCCCUGGAGGUGAAAAUGUUACGGAUAAUGUAAACAAAGAUUUUAUGAAUUCGAUGAUUGUUGGUCUUUUCACUACUAGUAGUGGUUUAGAUAUCAGCAAAAAAUUCGAUGCUCUACCUCUUAGUAAGGCCGAAAAAUCAGAUCAAUUAACUUGUUUACGUAAUUUAUUCUAUAUUGGAAAAGUGGAUCAUCGUAAUUCCCCACAGUGUCUUUUCUCAAAUUAUGUUUUAGUCGCAUUUUCUGGAGCUUUGGUCGCUGUAAUCUUAUUCAAAUUCUUAGCAGCUUUGCAAUUAGGAGCUAGAAGAGAACCUGAAGAACAUGAUAAAUUUGUCAUAUGUCAGGUCCCUUGUUAUACCGAAGGUGAAGAAUCAAUGCGCAAAACUCUGGAUUCUUUAGCUGUUUUAAGAUAUGAUGAUAAACGAAAGUUAUUAUUCAUUAUCUGUGAUGGUAUGAUUGUUGGUGCUGGAAACGACCGACCUACACCACGUAUCGUUUUAGAUAUAUUGGGUGUUGAUCCAAAUAUGGAUCCGGAACCUCUCAGCUUUUUGUCUCUUGGUGAUGGUGCUAAACAACAUAAUAUGGGAAAAGUUUAUUCUGGAUUAUAUGAAUGUAAUGGGCACGUUGUACCUUAUCUUGUGGUAGUUAAAGUUGGUAAACCAUCAGAACGAUCUCGACCUGGUAACCGUGGUAAACGUGAUUCUCAGAUGGUACUUAUGAAAUUCCUGAAUAAGGUACAUUUUAACUCUGAGAUGACUCCCUUGGAAUUGGAAAUGUAUCAUCAAAUCAAAAAUGUUAUUGGUGUAAAUCCUAGUUUCUACGAAUACAUACUUAUGGUGGACGCUGAUACUGAGGUUAUGCCAGAUUCAUUAAAUCGUCUUGUGUCUGCAUUCAUGCAUGAUACCAAAGUAAUGGGUCUUUGUGGUGAAACAACUCUUUCUAAUGAAAAAGACUCUUGGGUUACUAUGAUUCAAGUAUACGAAUAUUAUAUAUCCCAUCAUCUCUCUAAAGCAUUCGAGUCUCUUUUCGAUUAUUCUGAGAAUAGAGUUGAUACUUUACACUUGAAAAAUUUACUUCACCUUGGUGAAGAUCGUUAUUUGACGACACUUAUGAUGAAACAUUUUUCACAUUACAAGAUGACAUUUGUUCCAGAUGCACAGUGUAAAACUACAGCUCCGGAUCAAUGGUCUGUUCUUAUUUCUCAACGCAAGAAAACGGUGGUAUCUGACGAAGGAAAAUUUGAUCCAAAGACUAUUCCUAAAAAGAAGUGGUCUGAUUACGAACAAAAACUAUGGGAAGUUAAUACGCAAGGAUCUCAUGAUUCCUCACACACCAGGGUUUCGGACCGUUCGUAUCGAUCAAAUAAGAAGUUAGGGUCUGCUCCUGGAUCCCAGGCUGGCUCCGUUUAUGGUGAUUAUGAUGAACGUGGUGGAAUGAAAAGUCGUUCGCGUUCGCCGGCACCUCCGUAUAUUGAUGAUUUUAGAUCUGCUUCUCCAUAUAAUGGAGGUGAUGUGCGAUCCCGCUCACGUCAUGGAGAUUCGGCAAGUCAUCGAGGAUCAACACUCCUACGUACUGACAAUGAUCUUUCUGGAUCACGGCCUUCUAGUCUUAUAGAAGCAGGAUAUUACGGCAGUUCAAUAAUAGACAGUGGUUUUCCUUCUGAUGAUGAAAUUCUUCAAGAAAUUCGAAAUAUAUUGUCUGUCGCCAAUCUAAUGACAGUAACAAAGAAACAA